UGAAGAAGUAUUGUUUACGCGCUUUUUAAAUCCACUCGUAUCACUGUUGUGUUUAUUUUUACAAGAAGAUAAAAAACAACAUUAAUAAUGAAUUAAUAAUGAAUUAAUAAUGAAUUAAUAAUGACUUAAUAACACGUUUAUUACUGACGGAACUGUAGCGUCAGUGACAACUUCUGUACGUGCUUCCUGUUGGAGAUGGAGGAGUUUAUAGAGCAUUAUAAACACUACAGCACAGGGGAGCGGGCGUGGCUGUGUGAGUUGUACACAGGAGUGUGUGAUUGGCUGCAUCCUGUAGUGGGCGUGUCUCUGGGAGUGUCAGAGGAGCAGCUGGCGCACGCUGUGGUGUUGAGACUUCAGAGGACUCAUCUAUGUCUCCCAGUCAGUUACAGAUUCCUCUCAGUAGCACAGCUGAUCAGCAUACAGCGCACAUCCUGCUUCAGCAGCCUCACCUGGAGCACCGAUCAGCACAGAGAAUGGACCAGGAAGGCGGAGCAGCACCUGCCUUGUCACAAGGCCCUGCCACGCACUAACCUCAUCCUGAUUGGCCUGCUGAGUGAUGGGCGUGUCUUGGGUCAGUGUGAUGGCUUUUGGAAAUUGAGAGAUGCAACUGGAAGUGUGCACUGUGAGGUCCUGAGCUCAUCACCACUUUGGCUCCAAAGGCUGAUGCUCUUCCCUACCUGGAACUACAUUUCCCACAUUGCACCAGGACAGCAAACUGAAGGCUACUUAGAGCUGAUCGACUCUCCUGUCUGUGUGACCCCUGACCUCACAGUAUGUAACCCUGGGGGGGCGCUGAGCCAUGCCAUUGGGGUCAAGAAGGCAGCCAGACUGCUGAGACAGAAGAGCAGUAGAGGAGCACUUGUGUGUGUAUAUGGGGAUGUGUGUGUGCUGUGCCCUCUGCUGAUUAUUUCUCAGAAACCCUUCUUCUGCCUCAUCCUCAGUGAGGGAGACACCACUGUCUCUGUCAUGGUCACGGUCCCAGAGUGUGUGUACUGGAGACAGUGUCUAUGUGUAGGACACAGUGUGUGUAUUUCAGCACUUCGUGUGUGUUCUGUUCGAAGGUGGGCGGGUCAGCGAGUGCUGUCUGUCACCACAGAGUCCCACCUACAUCCAAACUCAGGAACCUACACAGAGUCUGAUGACAUGAACACACACUCAGAUUCACACUUGGAAUUUAACUCACACACAGAUUUGGAAGCACACACAGAAACACACACACAGUCACAGGCAGACACACACAUGGACACACACCUGCAGCCAAACCCUGAGUGCAAGGAGGCCCAGGUGCAUCAUGGUCCAGUGCAAACAAAAUUCUCCAAAAUCAUCAGCUACAGGGGUCGCAUCACUGGAGUUCAGGACGCAGAGGCAGGGCUUUACAAGAUUGACGGGGAGAUGCUGCUGUGUCUGGCCUAUCAGCCGCUGAAGAAAUGGGGCGGUGGCUUAAGACUUGGGGCGGAGAUUGAGCUUCACAACAUCCAUUUCCUUUACCGCCCAUCUCCACUCGCCCCUGAUGUUGUGCUGUGUGCGUGUUUACGCUCAAGCAUUUCUGUGACAAACUUCAGUCCACUGAGGUCAAAGGUCACUCUGCAGAGGUUAGACAGCCCCGUGGUCCGUUUCCUGUUGGAGAAGAACCUUGGUGUAUCGGCGUACCUGUGGCUAUGCUACUGCCAUGCUAUGCUCACUGACAGGUUGUGUCCACGCUGGCUGUGUGAAGCUCGAGUGUGUGUAGUGGCUGGAAGGUUACUUCAGGUCAUUUUAGGAGAUGAAUUGAUGAAGAAAGACAAGAGAGACAUUUAUAAAGAAAUGCUGCAGGACACACACACCUGUCCUCUUAUUCAGUACUGUGUGUCUAGUCCCAGUGCUUCCCUAUACUCUGUAAAGGAGCUCUGUGAUUGGCUAGAAAAGGAGAGUUGGGCGUGUCUCUCUUUGUCGUCUCUCCUUCCAUCUUCAGCAUGCCACAUGACUCAAGCUCAACUGAACCCGUUGCUGGCAUGGUCAGUGCAGACACACACUCUGGCACAGACACACACUCUGGCACAGACACACACUCUGGCACAGACACACACUCUGGCACAGACACAAACUCUGGCACAGACACACACUCUGGCGUGCACAGACACAGUGUUGGUGGGCGUGUUGGAGCUGGAUGUGAACAGAGCCACAGUGAGACUGGUGGACCAGACUGGAGCCAUAGACUGUGUGUGUGUACAGAGUUCAACCUCGAAGCAAUUCGGGUCCAUCAAUACAGCAUGGAUAGGGUGUCUGGUGUGUGUUCGUAGGUGUACGUUAGUAAUGGAGCGAUUUAUGGAGACAAAUUUUCCCUCUUGGAAACAUCUGGAACAGCACAGAUACAUCACACACAAACACUGCAGAGUGUAUAUCUGUGUUUGUAUGGAUGAUCUGCACAUUUUGAGCCCCUCAACUGCUAUGAAGUUCCUCGUCCAGGAGAAGGAAUAUAAGCAAGAGACAGCUAGACCGAAGAAGAGGAUGAGGAAAGAAGAAGGGCAGAAGAAUGAAGAGAAAUCUUCCCUCUAUCACAAUCAAUCUGUAAAAGUUAAAGCACUAGCAGAAAGGAGAGAAGAAGGUGAAGAAGGAAAUGGAGGAAUGGAGAUGGACGAGUGCAUAGCAGGCCCUUCUCAACCCAACAGGGAGAGAGAGUGUGAGGGGACGAGAGCAGAAUCCUGUGUGUCUCUGCUGUUUCAUGUUCACUCCAAACAGGGCGUGGCUUUUCGAAAUGUCCAAUCAACCAAUCAGGCGCAUGCACUUACUCUGAGCUUUGUGGUCAAGGCAACAUGCCUCGGUAACGUGCAGGUUUGGGACAGAGACCCUAAGAACUGCAGAGUGGAGGAGAGAGAGAUGAAGGGUGCAGACAUCACUAUGGAGCUGCAGUUUGUGAACUCUGCAGUUCGUUGGUUUCCUCUUCUGCAGCCUGGAACAGUAUACAGGCUCAUUGCUUUACACACGCAGGAUGUGGCUAUUUUGACCUGUAGCUGUGUUCCCGAGAGGGGCGGAGUUUCUCUCCACAGUAACCCCGCCCUCCUCAUUCAGCCUAACUGGCGUAUACACACACUAAUGCCACCACUGUUUCUGUCACAGCCAGAGUUUCAGAGGGUGAUGAGUGUCUCUGAUGUCCUCCAUGCCAGCUCGGCUGAUGUCGUCUCCGUUUAUGGAGUUAUCACUGAGCGAAUCACACUGCAGGAGGAGACGAGGAAAACCAUCCAAUCACUGAUCAGCACUAAAGUUACAGAGGGCGCAGUGGAGACAGGUCUGCGUGUGCGUCUCACUCUGCGUGAUGUUCAGUCUCCAUAUCACACACUACAGGUGUACCUGGAUUUUGGCCACAGUCCCUACACACUUGGACUCAUCCCCGGGGCAACUGUUCACCUGUACCACCUCCAGCGCAAAGUGUCUGUUGUGUGUAAUGUGUACUGUUCGUCUCUGCCUAUCAGCUGUGUGACAGUCACAGGUCUGGGGUCAGUUCAGCCCCGCCCUCAUUCUCCCACAGUGCACCUGGGUAAGUGGGCUUCAGAUCCGGCAGAGCACGGCAUCGUGGGGCAGGUCAGAGGUCAUGUGGUGUGUGUUCUGUUUCUGAAGGUGCAGUGGACGUGUUCUCUGUGUGGGAGUGUCUUCAGACAGGCUGCCUGCACUCGACGCUUCCCACCAUGUGACUCAACAAGCACUGUGUUUCAGGCAGAGGCCAAGGUGGCAGUAGAAGAUGGUACAGGUGAAGCUCAGGUGUGGUUUCCUACAGAAACACUGGCUAACCUGCUGCUGCUAGGCGAGUCAGAGUGGGAGGGGCUUCAGCGGCUUGUCAGAGUCAAAGGUCAUGUGAGAAUAUACACUCGUGGGCGGAACAUGGUGUGUGAUGUGGAUCAGGAUGAUCCCCUUGUGCUGUAUUUGCGCUGUCUUUGUUCCAGUAACACAGUGUGUCGCAACAUCACACUCACCUGUAAACUCCGUUCUCAAAAACCAGAAAAAGGCCAGGUGAGGAAAGUUAGACGAGGAGACCGAGAGUUUCUUACCAAGUUUCCCAAACCACUUCAGCUACAAUGCACACACAUACACUCUCCCACACAGCCUGGAGAAACACAGUGUGUGUGUACAACAUGAUAUGUGGGUGACUGUCUGUAAAUAUAGUGAUGCUACAAAUUAAUACAAAUAAAGGUUUUACUUAUUUUGUUCAUUUGA